UCAGUGCAGUGACGGGGGUUGACCAGUAAAGAGCCAAGUGAAAUUCGGGACGACAGCCAAACCCGCCAAGCAAUUAUAGAAUUGGAUUCGAUUGAAACGUUCGGGGAGGCCUGCACCGCCGAUUAGUUUUAUUUUAGCUUAGCUUCCGAAGGCAUCCGGUUGUGCAUUCUCUCCGCUGAUCAUCGCUUCUUCCACAGUCCCUGGGCGGCUUGGAGAUUAGGAAACUCCAGUUUAAUCCCCGACCCGGUACGAAGGGAGACUCGACACCAUGGAGGCCAUCAAGAAGAAAAUCGCCGCCCUCAAGAUGGAGAUGGACGCGGCCAAUGAGAAAGUCGAGGUCAAUGAAACUAAAGCCAAACAGGAGAACUUGAGAGCUGAUAAGCUCUACGACGAGGUGAGGGAUCUGCAGAAAAAGCUCGCCCAGCUCGAGCGGGAUUAUUCCGUCUCGAAAACUCAGCUAGAACAAUCGACCGCCGACCUGGAGACUUGCGAGAAAGCGUACUCGAAGGCCGAGCAAGACAGGACGACGCUGACGAGGAAGGUGCAGGAGAUCGAGGCGAACCUGCACAAGAAAGAAGACUUGCGAGAAUCGGCUCAGCUGAAGUUGGCCCGUGCUUCCGAGCUUGCCGACGAUGCGAAAAGGAUGUGCAAGGUGCUGGAGGACAGGAGUCGGCUGGACGAGGAGCGCACCGAGAAGCUGAUGAUCGAGCUGAAGGACGCCAGGUUGAUCGCCGAGGAUGCGGACUCCAAGUCGGACGAGGUCGCCAGGAAGCUGCAGUUCGUCGAGGAGGAGCUGGAGGCUGCGGAGGACCGAGUGAAGACUAGCGAGGCGAAAAUCGUGGAGCGCGAGGACGAGCUCUUCAUCGUGCAGAACAUCGUCAAGUCGCUGGAGGUGUCCGAGGAGAAGGCGAACGCGCGAGUGGCCGCCUUCAAGGUGCAGCUGAAGGGACUGAAGGUGAAGCUGAAGGCAGCGGAGAAGAGAGCCGUCCUCGCCGAGAGGGCCGUCAAGGCGCUCCUCAAGGACGUGGACAUGAAGGAAGACGAGCUGAGGGAGCAGAAGGAGAAGUACAAGGCGAUCUGCGACGACCUGGACAACACCUUCGCCGAGAUGACGGGAUACUAGACCACCUCCAGGCCUCCCUCCGACCUUUCCACGCUUUCCGCUUCGCUUCGCCAUUCGAUGAGAGUGUGACAGUGCUUCGCCGCGGGCUGAUAAUUAUAAAAAGAUCCGAAUCUCGGCUCGAUCACUUGGCAUUAACUAUCGGGAGCUGCUUACCGCUUGCGUCGCUAACUAGCGGGCUAAAAAUGCACGCCGCUUUUGACCGUAACGCCGCUUAGCCUGCCAAGAACAUUGCCAAAGAGCGCCGCUGACGCUGACAGUCCUCCCCGUAGAGGCGACAGUCCGUAUUGACGAGUGUAUUUAUUUUUUUCAGAGGAGUCCGGAGUACUCGGAGCGCCUCGUGUUCGCGCCAUCGGUUGCCUUUAACGUUGUGCCGGUUAUUGUAUUUUCAAUAAAGCCACUUGAGCGAAGA